AUGACUUGGCGCGCUGUUUUACUGGUUAGCGUCGCUUGCUUGACUGCUGUCGCCGCUGCUAUUAAUGUGGAGUUUGUGGCGUUCGGUAGUCGGCUGCCGACGAACUAUGCCCAGUUGGCCUACCUGGGUCCGGCGGCUAGUGUAGCCGUGGAUGAGAUGAAUAGUCGCUAUUCUGGGAGGGUCAACGGCACGUUGACCUAUGUGUAUGACGAUUAUGUGCCCAAUGCCAUGAAUGAGUACACGGGGCGCCAGGUUGCGGAGUGGUACUACCGUCAACGGACGCCGCAGAUUCUCAGCGUCCUAUUGAUACCCAAUGGGAUAAUUUUAUCCGAUCUGAGUUAUUUAAUCGAACAGUGGGAUUUCCUGUACAUUUCCCUCAUAGCGGCCACUCCGGCUAUCCGCAACCGAACACGCAAUCCCCAUUGGAUAUCUAUGGGACGUCUAAACUUUCCCGCCAUCUCGCAGUUCUUCCUCCACACCCUGGACACCUUCAACUGGACGACGUUCGCCAUGGUCGUGGACCUCAGCUCGACGGAUUUCUACCGGUCGGUGGCGGACCGUAUCGCCCAGGAUGCGACGCAGCGUUCCGGGGUGGAGCCGCUAAAGUGGAAGAUCAACGCAUCCGAACCGGGAUAUGAUUUCAGCGGUUUAUUGGCUGGCUUGCGCAACGCCACACGAAUGAUCAUGUAUUUCGGACAUGCGCGAUAUCUAAGGAAGUUUAUGGUGGCUGCAUACACGAUGGAUAUGACCAACGGAGAAUACGUAUAUUUCGGUAUCGAGCCGAUGAAGAACGAGAUUGUCUACGGGAAAAUGCACUGGAAGUAUGCCGACGAUGACGAUACGGCUGCACAACAGGCCUUCCAGUCGUUACUGGUGUUCCGCACGGGCGACUAUUUCUACCCUCCCAACACGCAACUGGGUAUGGAUAUUUUGGAGCGAACACGACGUGAUUUCAACUUCUCAUACGACAUUCUACAGCAGAACUUCCUCUACAAACCGGCGAAUCGCUCCCGUCUGACGCAGCUGCAGAAUCUAACAUCCUGGUCCAACCGCACCUGGCCCCCGCCCAACGAACCGUUCUGCGGCUACCGUAACGAAAAACUGGCCUGUCGCCGAGGUGACAAAGCGUACAUCGGUACCGUUGUCGGUUCCACAAUGGCCGCAGUGUUCGCGAUCGUCACCGGUAUCGUUGUAUACAUAAGGAUAAUCAAGCGUAACGUGCAAAGACAAGAAAACACCUGGUGGAUGCUGGACGAAUCAGCGAUCACACUGGAACCGUCCAUGUCUCGGUCCACAACAACGGCCACCAAUAGUGUAGUGGCGAAAAGUGCUGUUAGUGGGUUCUCCAAGAGACAGUACAUGAGUACCAAUCAGUUGGCAGCAAAAUACCACGACACGUCGGUUAUUGUGGAGAUUGUUGCCGUAGCCGAUCAUGAACUACACUUGGCGGAAAUUGGAUCGAACCGCUUCUUUAUGCCCUAUUUAAAUAAGCUACGUUACAUCAGCCACGAGAAUAUAGUCCGCACCAUCGGCUUAACCGUCCUGCCGGCGGAUAAGAAAUCCGCUCUCAGCGUUGUCUCGGAAGCCCUGGAGCGCGGCUGCCUGUAUAAUCUCUUCCAUUCGCCGAUCAACUGGGAUUUUUCCCUCACCGCGUCACUAAUCCUGGAUUUCCUCGAGGGUCUGCAGUUUAUCCAUGCCUCGUCGUUGGAAUAUCAUGGUGAUCUGUCCGGUUAUGCCUGCCAUCUAGACAAUUUCUUCACGCUGAAGAUCGGCGGGCUGGUCAAUGUCCGCCUGCAGAAUGCGGUGCGGCAGUCACCGGAUGUCGUGUACGUCCGCCAUCGCGCCGACACCAUCGAGCAUCCCACCGCCAAGAUCGUCCAGAAGCACGAUAUACACGCCACCGGGAUUAUCUUAUAUGAAAUCCUCAGCAGACAGGAGAUUUCCCAGAAAGAAAGUACCAGUGAAAUACAGUUUACGGGAAGUGUACCGCUACAAGCCUACGAAACUUUGAUCCGAUCGUGUCUAGCCUAUAAUACCACAGCGAAAACUGUACGCUCAGCGUUAGCGGACAUCUCCCCAGUGUUUUCCAUACGGAAGAGCGGGGUUAAGUUGGUGGAUCGCAUUCAGCAGCGGUUGGCCGACUAUGCCAGGGAACUGGAGAACGAAGUGGCCGUCCGGACGAAAUACCUAGCCGAGGAAAUGGAACGCUGCGAUAGAAUUAUCGCGCAAUUUUUGCCGCGCUGGAUAGCCAAUCGGAUUCGCUCCGGCGAGAGUGUCACACCAGAACUAUUCGACAACGUGACGAUAUUAUUCGCCCAGUUAUGUGGCCUCUCGCUACUAGCGCAGCACCGCACACCGGACGAGCUGAUCAGCAGUGUGGGCGAAUCGGAAGCUGUCCUGGACCGCAUCACGGCGUCCUACCUGGAUGAUGUGUAUAAAGUGGAGGCCGUGGACGAUUCGUACUUGGUGGUGAGUGGUCUGCCGGUGCGUAAUGGUGACCGGCAUGCCUUCGUCAUCGUGGAACUGUCCACGCGGAUGUUGCAGACCGUCAGGCGGAAUUUUGCUCAUCAUGUCGCACUGCAGUGCGGCGUUCAUUCAGGUUCCUGUGCGGCCGGCGUUGUGGGAUUUCGCCGGCUACGAUACUGUUUGUAA